AUGUUCCUGUCCAACUAUCUCCUUGCGGUUGCCGCAGUGUCUGUUGUCAGCGGGUCACCUACUCCGGGUCGACCUGGCACUGUCAAGGUCCUCGAGCAUAUCCAUCAGGCGUCUCCCAUCGUCUGGAACACGACCGUCAACUCUGAUGGGACGGUUUCUAAGUUCGCCGUAAUCGAGAAUAGUGUCUGGGACCAGGCGGCUGCCGAUCUUCACGCCGAUAUCCCCGUCAAGGGGCGCGAAGGAGAGACUCCGCGCGAACUUGUUGCCCGCUGGUCAAAGGAAACCUUCUCUUGCCAUCGCAGCGGGUCCUGGGCCAAGCAGGCAACCCUGAGCCGAUGGGUGAAUGAAGCUUGCGGUGUUUUUGGCUCGUCGUCGGCAGGAAGCGGCAGCACCUUGAUUUACACCCGUGCCGACAGCAACUCGGUUGGUGAUGCAAUGACCAUCUACUACACGAAGAAGAUUUCCCAAGACCUCGGUAACGGCCAGUGCGGGUCAGGUCUUAGGGACCUCAUCUACCACUCCGGCUGUGCCGGUAAGAGCCAGGAUACUCGCGGCGGGAGUCAUACGUACUACGAUGCCAAAGGCAAGGAGCAGGAGGUCUGGAGCGUUGACCCCCAAACUUGGAACUGCAACUGUUAA